AUUUUGCUUUCUACCCGUGGCCAGUGACAAGCGCGCCGUGCUCGCGAACGUCUCUUUUUCCCAAUGUGAGGAUGCGUCCGUUCGUCGUCGAUCGGUAAAUAAUCAACGACACGAAAUAAAUAACGACGCGAGACGAGUCCGCGAAUUUCAGCGUCGUUACGAUGACAGUGUUAUGCUGACAGUUGGGCGAACUGCCUCGAAAUCGUGCCGAUACGAACAAGUGCGCGGCGUGAACAAGUGCCAGAGGACGAUGUCGAGACGCGAAACGAACGAUACCCGACUCGUCGACGUGAUCUCGACGUUUCUGAUACUGAUCGGCUGCGUUUUCGUUUCAGCGAACAGCCAACAAGGAUCAGUCGAGUCGUGGGACAAAUUGUCACGUCUGAUACCAACGAAUUCGGUGUACGAACAACAAGACAAAAAUGCAUCUCCCGCGAGUAAUCCAGCGGAAACGCUAUUGCGCUCCUUGGACGAGAACAACGUUAUGGAGACGUCAAAAACGAAUGGAAAGAAAAACGAACACGAGGAGGAAGUAGACGACGAAGAAGUUUACGAAGACGAGUACGAAGUUGAAACCGAUCCAAAAGCGGAACACGGAACUUCGAAAUUUUCCAAAAUCACGGAUACCGGCUCGCCAGACAUAAAUGCUCAGACAAAAGACGCAUCCAGAGAUGAAGAUUAUCUGGAGGAUCCCUCGACGAGUCAGUACGACACGUAUAACUAUUACAACGAUGAUUACUCAAGUCCUAAUCAGUCGCGAUACCAGGCUGCAGCGGACGAUCACGCCCGUGACUAUCUGGAUGCAGAGGAAGAGGGAAAGGAAGUAUCGAGGGAGCAGGGAGAGCAAGAGGAGCAAGACGAAGCGGAGAAACCGCAGGACAACGACUACGAUUUAUCGGAGGAAGAGGAAGAAUAUUUAGAGGAUGCUCAUCAUGCGAAUGAUUCCACGUCCGAUCUGCUCGAAGAGAAGAACGCGAACACGCCAAUCGCGACGACCAACAACGACCAAGAAGGCUCCUCGAUGGAAGGUAGCGACAAAACGUUCGCCUUUCUCGGACUGCCAAAAUCGGGAACAAACUCUUCCGCUGACAGUUCCAUCCUGAUCGGCGAGGCGAUAGUAUCGGUAGUAACGACAAAAAGCGUCGUCAACGGCACGAUUUCUGUUCCAACGACAUCCUCCCCGACUACUACCGAGCAAGUCGCCGCGCCACCCUCGUCUACGGGGAUCACGGAACUACCAAUGACGGCGGUGACAACCGAAGAUACGUCUCGAAUACUAGCUUCCGUUCAAACGAGUCGUAGCAUAUCUGGCGCGAGGUUCUUGCCGUUUCCGGUCAUAGAUCGUAUCGAAUCGAUCGGUCACAGCGGCGAGAAGAAAACGUCGCCAGCUCCGGAAUCCACGGAGAGCAUCAUCGACAAAUUGGAUCGUGUGCAGUCGGAAUUAUCCAGCGGUUUUCUCGCUGGUGGUUUCAGAACAGCUGGCAAUUCGCUUCAGUUGGACGUUUUGAAUGAAAGGGACAGAAACAAUCGCAGAAGGUAUACCACUACUGCCAGGACACCGGUUAUCAGCAAGUUCGUACCUCGACGAUAUAACGACAAGAGAACCGAUCAUGCUACACCGAAGCCGAGAAUUGAAACGACGCUCGACAGUCUGGAAGGGCUAUUGCCGCGCGAUUAUGUCACGAGGAGUUCGUCGACAACGUCGACGAUUUCAAAGACUGGAUUUAGGUGGCCCACGAAGAGCACAACCAGCACAACAACAGAAUCAAUCACCACUCAACUCGCAUCAACUACCUCCACUACCACGACAAAGAAACCUAAAACCAAUGUGAUCAUUCAAGACAUUAGUGCCUUCUUGCCACCUGGAUACAAAUUGAAGAAAGAGGACUCGCCCGUUACGGAAAGCUCUUUGUUAAAGGAUAUUCUUGCAAGAUCUAAAGUUAAUAUAUCAUCGUUGUUACCAGCGGAUUAUAACAAAAAGAAAAAUGAAGAAAUCACCACCGCCAUCACCACUACCACAACAACAGCGGAAAGUAUAGACGUUUCAUCAGAGAAAUCACCAGCUGAAAAAACGAUUCAGAAUUUGUUCGCCAACUCUAAAGUUGACAUUUCUUCCUUAUUGCCACGAGAUUACGAAGAGAAGAGGAAGAAUCUCACUUUAGAGACGAAAGACGAGACAAAAGAUUCUACCGAGUCCAAUGUCUCCGCGACAACAGAAUCUGCUUCGUCUACGACGAAGAAAUCCGCUGGUUUAAAACUUGUGUUUCCUAGCAGACCGGGCGGACGAAAACCAGCUAAUAAAAUUACCACGCCAUCGAGUCCUCGAGGUGAAGGACCAGGCACGGUUACGCCGAAAAUACACAGAGGAUGGCCGAUCAGAGCUACCACAGAAUUUACUGGAUGGCCUAGCUCAUCGACUACUCCAAUCUCGAUAGAAAAGAUAUUAGAAGCUGCUCGGACUGCAACGAUUUCGUCCGCGUCGCUUAUCCCGAUAACCGAGGUGACAUCGAGCACCACCACGACGUCAACUACAACGACAACGCCUAGACCAACUACACCAGGGAUUUGUGAACAGGACUGCGAAGUCGCUGGAACAAUAAAGAUAAUUGGCAAUGCAAGCUGGGUACCGGAGCUGCUUGACCGAAAUACCCAAGAAUGGCAAAAACUUGCCAAUGAAAUUGAGCAAGAGAUGAACUUCAUAUUCUCUAAAUCUGCUGUCCUAGCAAAAUGGUAUAAAAAGAUAAGAAUUGACUCAUUCAGCGAGGGCAGUAUUUUAGUGGAUUAUUUUGUUGAAUUGGCCAACUUGGAGCAAAAAAUCAAUACACAAGAUUUGAAAGUCAUUUUUCACGAUUCGUUACGGACUUAUAAUGCAAAUAGAUGGAAUGAGACCAAAACGGCAGGUUCGAUAAAACUUGGAUCGUUUACGAUCGAUCCGAAAUAUACGGAUUUUGUAGUGAUACCUAAAGUAACUACUCCUCAAUAUAUUGAAGAAGACGAUAGAUUAGUUCCACAAUGGGCAAUUGCUGUGAUCGUAAUUGGUGUUGGUGGAUUACUUUUUAUCAUUAUAUUCGGUGUCUCUGUUUUAGUGAACCGCCAUAAUGGUUCAAAAUUGAAACCAUCUGUAUCUACAAUCUACGAAGAAGAAGUAGCAAAAAGUAUGUCAGCUCACAGAUCUAGUGAUUAUUCAAAGCCGGUACACACGAUUUGGACUGAUCCAGACGUUUCGUGGAAUGAGAAGUCUUUCGAAUCAACCUCCAAUAAGAUCCUUGUUGAAAAAUCUUUUCAAGACAAUAAGAAAUAUAACAUGUACGAUAGUUGGAGAUCGGAAUGGAAUGGUUAUUAUUACAACGGGUCUCACAGUAGCAGUAAAUACGGUGGUUAUGAUAGUACAACAAAUUUAUCAAGUCGUCAUCAUCCUGAUUACGACACAAAUUUCUAAAAUUUACGGUAAUAAAAUAAAAUUUCUAUCAA